CAAGAGUCUCGGGAGUGAGGACAGUGGUGAGCCGGAGAUGAGUAGCGGCGGUGAGGAGACAGAGCUUAACUUCGACUUCCAUGGAGUUCUUCCGUGUGUUCGAACUCGAGGGAUGAGAUUGAGUUGGAUUCAAAGGAAACGAAGACGCGGUGCGACGGAGGGUGAAUAUAGCUGCUGAACCACAUUUUCCAAAACUGUACGUUAAGGCUUGGGCAUUGAUGAAUAACUGCCACAAACCAGCUGAGGACGACAUUGAAAGUUUGAAUAUAGAGUAACCGAAGAGAUUCAAAAGGAUCGUCUCACAAACAAUACUCAUGAAGCAUGUCUCCCAAUUCAUGAAAACUGUAGGGUUUUAACAGCUCAUGGGUCAAAUACAAUCGUGUAUGUAACAGAUGAUCAUGUUGAUAUCAGUACAAGUAACCGAGACACUGGGAGAUCAGCAGUAGAGUUGUCUUUAUAUCGUUUUCUAAGCAGUAGAGUUUGUUAUUGAUGAAAACUGAGUUGUCUUGUUUUACUUAAUCAGAAAAGCACAAAAAAGAUUUGAGUAAACUAUUUUGUAUCAGAAUGAUGUAUUGUUGGUGUAACAAAUUUGUGUAGUUUGCUUCUAGGAGAUUUCUCUUAUAAUUUUAUGUAAAAGAAGACUAAUAUUGAAGUCUACUCAGCAUAAAGUAGACUUGGUUAAUACACUUGAUGUUUUGUAUUCGUCAUUGACAUUUUCAACAUACACAAAUUCAAAAAUUAAUAUGUCAUUAUGUCUUGGAUAACUUGAUCAAGUUCUUGCAUUGCAAUCAUUUGUGGCACUCAUAGGAGUAUCAACACAACUUUAACACAUAAGACAACUCCAAAGCAAUAAGACAUCUCAUAAGUUCAACACAGUUAUUCAAAGUCUCACAAAUAGUCUUUCACCAGCUAUUCUCCGUAACUGAACUAUUUUCUGUAAAACAUACGGUUUACAUAAUUAGUGAACAAAUAUUUUAUGCUUGAUAAAAUUAUAAACGUAGACUUACAAAUACGUCUACAAUUAUUAGCUAACAAAAUAGUCAAAUCAAAUGUAUUAUACUUUCAUAACUAUAACAGAUUUUUUUUUCAAAAUCACUCAAACCCAUUAGGAUUAUUUAACACACACUGUCAAACAAAAAAAUCUUAAAAAAACUUAAUGAAUAAUACACAAAUUCACUUUUAAUAUAUUUUUUUAUGUAGACUCCAUAUUCAGUCUAAGGAGAUGUAGACGUUCUUUUCAGUUUACUAAUGUGGACUGUCAAAUAGGUCUACUUUUUGGGUUAGUUUUUGCAAUUGCAAAUUUUACGAGUUACUUUUUAUAUUUGAAAAAAAGUUGUGAUUUCAUAAAAGUAGACUUCAUUUUCAGUCUACACUUUAAACAGGUUAGUUUUUGCUAUUGACCAGAAUUCACUUAGGAUUUGACUUUCAGAAUUAGACUUCAUAUGCAGUCUGCAUGUUUGAAUUUUUUUGAAAGAGGUUAGUUUUGCAAUUGACCAUGUUUGACUUUCAACGAGUAGAUUGAAAUGAACAUCUACAAGUGUGAAGACUUCGCAUGAAGUCUCUUUCAAAUCCGACGGGUUAGUUUUGCAUUUGACCAAAAUAAAAAAGUAGACUUUACACGAAGUCUACAUUUUUUUUCUAAUAUUAGAAGACUGCAUAUGAAGUCUACAAUUUAAUAAAUUUUUGAAAUAUUUUUAAACUUUUUUGUCAAACACAAAACGAACCUAUUCAACGAAAUCAAAGUUUUGGUCAAAUACAAAACUGACCUUUUGUAGACUUCUCGGGCAGUCUACAUUUUGUAGACAUCCUAUGAAGUCUAUUUUGAAAAGUCAAAAGUUCGGUCAAAUGCAAAAUUAACCUCUUUUGCGUAGACGUUUUAGUAAGUCUACCUAAAUUUUUGUUUUUGUUGUCAAAGGUAAAGACGUAGACUGCUAGGAAAGUCUAUGUUACCAAAAAAUUUCUUUUGGUCAAUUGCAAUACUGACUUGUGAGUUGACAAGUAGACUGCAUCGUAAGUCUACACAUAGGCGUAGACAUACAAAACAGUCUACUAUCGCGACACAGAUCUGAAAAAUGACGAAAGCCAUGUAAAUAGUUACCUUUUUCCGGUAUAAAACUCAUUUCCAACCUUUUCAACCGUCCAAACUCCAAACAUAAGCAAAAAAAAGCACUUUUGACGAUUUACUGAUGAAGAAACUCGAAAAUAUGAAGUUUGUGAUUAUGAAAAUGAAAGUUAUGAGAGAUUUUUAGAUGGAAAUGUAGAGGAAAUGAAAGGAAAUGAAGAUUUAUUAGUUUAGAAUGAGAGAUAAGUGGUUGAAAAUUGAAUUUUAGAGCUUUAAGAGUUCAAAAAUGGUGGUUCAUGGUGGUUGAAAAAAUUGAUGAUGAUGGCAUUAUUGUAAAUAAGAAGAAAUUGUUAGGAUGUAUUUGGUUUUUUGUUAAUUUCGAAAUUAAUAAAAAAAUAAAUUAUAAUGGCAGUUUUGUAAAUAAUUCAAAAACAUAAGGAUAGUAUGGAAAAUUCAUUGAUGAAUAGUAAUGACAAAAAAAAAAGGGUUGGUUUUAGGUUUGACUUGAAAAAAUGGGUUGGUUUUGAAAAACACCCUAUAUUAUAUGAUAUUAUGAAUUAGUUGUUAUGGAAAAUAUAAGUAUAUUAGGUGAUUCUAUUUCGACUAGUGUUCUAAAACUCGUUAGGCGUUCAUUACGCGUUAGAUGACUGUAUAGCGCCUAGCUGUAUAGGCGGAUGCCUAAAUGGGGUAUAUACGGAUAUAUAAUUUUACACGAAAUAUAAGUAUAAGAUUAAUAUAUAUACAUUAUUUUUGAAAAAACUGAACAUAAAUAUAUUUUAAAUCCAAUUUUAUAUGUAAGUAUAUAGUUUAAAAUAUAUAAAUAGUUUUAAAUUAUAAAAAUUAAAGCCAUUUUAAAUAUAUAAAGAUUAUAAAUUUAAAAUAAUUUUGCGAGAAUUAUACUAAUAUCUACAAUCAUAUAAAUAUAUAAAAUAAGUAAAAGUAAUAUAAAUAAUAAUAUUAAUAAAAUAUAAUAAUAUUAAUAGUUUAUUUUUUGAAUAUUAAUGGUUAAAAUCUGCUUAGGCAUCCGCUUAGACCGCAUAAUGUCCGCCUAAACGCUAUUAUUCGCCCAAAUUAUAUAAAUCCGCAUAAAACACUGUGUAACAUAAAAACAGUACGAUUGGCUACCGUAUAGCGCCUAAAUGCCGCCUAUGUGGGCGCCUAGACCGUAUUCUAGAUACUGGCUUCGACAAAUGUAGGAAACCAUUUGAGAAGGUCUCGGCAAAAAUAAAUAUGUGAUCUUGAUCUCCAAGCUUUGAAAUGUAUGCGUAGAAGAUCCUAUAUUUUAUUACUCACACGAUAAUCAAUCGGACCUCCGAUGAAGCUUCCGUGCAACGUAGGUUAUAACUGAUUAGAAUUAAUCUUUAAUUAAUGUGAAUAUUGAAUAAUAUGUGAAUAUUAUUGUUGCAACUGAGUGAUAUUUUUAAUCUUGCGGUUGAAAAUUUUUUACUACUAAAAUAUAGUCAUAGAUGAGUUUAAAAUGAUCUAGGUACAAAUUCUUAAAGACGUUAACAAUGCACCAAAUGCUCAAUCUGAUCAGUAAGUUAUUAACAAACUAGGGGUUGGUCCGCCCUACGGGCGGGUAAGUUUACAAUAAAAUUAUUUGAUAUUUAAAUAUAUUUAAAUUUUAUAAAAUAUUUGAAAAUUACUUUAAAUUGAACAUAAUAAAAUUAAUUUGUUUUCGGGGAUCAUAUUGUAAAUUUUAAUAAAUUUUGUUGGUUUGGACUGAAGGAACCACUAAAGCUUCUUUUUAAAGAGAACAUAAAAUUUAAAAUAAAAAAAUAAAGAGUGGUUCAUAUUUUUUAUAUUUCAUAUGGAUAUAGUUGAAGAAAUUGAAGGUAAAAAUAACCAAUACCUUUUUCCAAGAGUUUCACAUUUUUAUAGCUUGAAUUCUCUUCGUUGUAAUUUUCAAAAAAAAAGAAUAUGUGGUUCAAUUUUAUUUAUUGUGAAAGCUGAAAGAAAGUCGAGACCAAUCCAUAUUGUGCUAAAAUUAUGAAACACGAAUUUGGUCAUUUGUUUGUGGAUCAUUACAUCCAUUAUCAGGAAUAUAUAUAUGUUUGAGAAAAAAGAAAUAGUCGAAUAAUAGUAAUAACGAAGGAGUGAUUAAAUUUUAUUAUUAUUUUUGGUCAGUAUAAAUCCAUAAAUAUUUGUUACUGUGAAGUAUAUAAUAGUUGUUGCGAUCUGAGAGCAUCUCCAACCCCACUCUAUUUUUCACUCUAAAAUAGAAUUUAGAGUAAAGAAUGCUCCAAUGGUACUCUAUUUCUCACUCUAUAAUACAGUAAAAAAUAGGUUUACUCCAAAUAUAGAGUAAUUUGUUUUUUUUUGUUCAUCACUCUAUUUUUUACUCUAAAAUAGAGUACCAUUGGAGCAAACUCAAACUCUAUUAUAGAGUUACUCUAUUUUAGAGUAAAAAAUAGAGUGAACCAUUGGAGAUGGUCUGAUGUUUUAUGUUAAGGAACAAAAAGUGAUUGAUGUAUUAUUAUAUGAAUUAGAUGAAUUUUGUUAUUUUCUUCUAGAAAUUGCAGUGCUCGCACUUUCUGUUGAUGUUGUUAGGAUGACGUAUGAUUGUAGACUUCGUUGUUGCUCGUAAAGUGGUUGAGUGAGAUUUGAGUAUUUUAACUCGCAUUUCAUGAAAUGUUUUUUGAAAAAUUUACUUCAUAGGACACAUUAUCACUUUGGAAUUACACUUGAAGACACUUCCCACUUGCAACACACUUUUUCUAUGUAAUUUGUCUUUUCUACCCUCAACUAAGAUACACCUAUAAUUUUUUUCUAUCUCAUCUCAAGUAGAUAAAAAUAAAAAACUAAUUAAAAAUACAAAUUUGAAUCUCUAAUCUCUUUUCUAUCUUUAUUUUCAAAAUUCAGAUUUACUUUACUCACUUCUCACAUUUAUUUUAGAAUUUCAAGUUUUUUCAUCUUCUUCAAUUUGUAGAACACUAUGAAAACCAAACUCAUCUUCGUUUUGUCUGUCAUAUUUUUUCUUUCAAACAGUUCAUAUAACAAGAGUUAAAAAAGUUGAUUUUGUUAACAAAACCCAGAAACAAAGUGAGGUUAGUUUCUUCACAAUUCAUACCGUAUUUAUCUGUGGGGUAUAAAUUUGUUUAUCCAAGUUUAGAUUCUACAAGAUUCAUUUUUGUAUUGUUGGUUUCUUAGUGUCGUUAUGGAUUGUAAAACCCAGAUCUGCAAAGUUUCAAUUUUAAUUUUGAUGGGUGGAAUAUGUGGACUCCGGAGGGGUACACAGGUGGUGUGUGGAUGGGUGGCAUGUGGAUAGCUGGCUCGUGGAUGGGUUGUGUGUGGACGGUUGAUGUUGGGAUGGGUGAUAUGUGGAUGGGACGUUGUGGUAUUGCUCCAUGUGGACAUGAUCUCCGAGGACUAGUGGGAUGACUUAUGGUGAUGUCUUGUUUGGUGAAGUGGGUGCAGGUGAGGCGUCCACAACCAAUUAACCGAUUAAUAACAUUGUAGUUGAUAUUACAGUAAUGAGAGCUAUGUCAUGGUUAUAUUGGAAGCUUCUAAUCUCUAUACAUUUGCAUACAAAGAUCUGUUUUGUUGUCAUAUAUGUAAUAUCUUUUGUUCCAUCUUUCUGAGUUUACAACAUAGAUUAUUAUUUUGUUGUUGCAUAUCACACAUAAUCCAAAUGUCGGUCCAAUAUAUUAUGCAAUUUGUGUUCUCGUUUAUUGAAUUUUCUAUAACAUGUAUAUAGUUAUGACCACAUCCACAUUUCUCAUGCCAUCUAUAAAUUCCACUCCAAACUAUAAUCUUCGCCAAAUUAGCAGUUUAUGUCCACAAAGAAAAUUUCUCAUCCACACAACAAACGUUCACACAUCAUCUGAGUGUCCACGAUUAUCAUUUUCAUUAAGGGUAAAAUUGUCCACAUUCUAUAGCUGGCCCACAAUAAAGUGUGUCACAUGUGAGAAGUGUCUCUAAGUGUAAAGGAAAGUCAAAAAGUGUCUAUGAGUGUAAUCAACUCCAAAGUAAAUCAUGGCGAAUGUUACUAUAAGUGCAACCAUCGAAAGCCCAUGGGAUUUCUCCAUAUUCUCUUGAUUUACAAACAAUAAGAAGAAAGUUUUGAACAAUAAAUGAAGUUUAUAAACGAUGAUGCAUGGGCAGAAAAAACCUUUCGACAUUUCACGCAGAAGACCAUACCAAGUACCAGGUCAAUUUUCUGAACGUGAAUAGAUGUGUUGAUACCCAAAAAAAUAAAUUAAACAACCAGUUGAUAAAAUUGUGUAAACACAUUUAGUAUAAUAUGUUUGCUAGUGGGAAAAAUUGUAUAAGAAAAUGUUCAACUUGUCUUGAUUACUUUAAAGAACCUAUCAAUUUCGGAAUUUAUAUGUUUUUAAUAGCAACCACCAUCAGUAGGUAUGAAAUGAUCAAAGAGGGACAGAGAGUGGUAGUUGACUUUUUUCUUGGUAGUUGAUUUUUAUUAAGAUGUUUAAAUAUAUCUAAAGAGUGUCAAGUUUUAUGCUUCCUCUCUUAUUUUUCAAUGGAUGUUUAAGAAGUUUUUAUAUUUAUUUGACUUAUCAAUUCUUAUGGAAAAUAUAAAUUUGUUUUUCAUAUUUUGUACCAAAUUUUAUGUUUAUUAUAUUAAAUAUACAUAUAUAAUCUUGUAAUUGCUCAUUUUUUGCUAAAUAUCUUAUACUAUUCGAAAUAAAUAAAGUAUAUUUGAGUCUGAACUAUCCUAUCCAAAAUAACAUACACUGCAUUUAACGUGGAUUAUGGUUUAGAUCAUUUUAAACUGACAUUAUGUUCAAGAAACUCAGUGAGAGUAUAUAUCACGUGCCACUCAUUUUCUUUUUAGAGUUUUCUAUCGUUUUCCAGCUCUGAAGGUCUUCUCCGAUCUCGGGUGUCUCUUGUCGGUCCGUGAGAGCCUCCUCUCUCUCCUUUAUACUUUUCUGCUUCGGAUCUUAAUGCCGGAACAAUUGCAAAUUUGUUUCUCCAGAGGCACAUCUCUUCCUCUAUGUGGUGUGUAGUGCAGUGCCGGUCCAGCAUCAUCUCAUGCCCCAAGCAGAAAAAAAAAUAAUUUGCCCCAUAUAUAUGUAUGCUAGUUUGAACCCAAGUUAUUAGGCGUUUAGAAAACCAGCUUUUGCCACUGUACUAUAUAGAGUUUUGACAAAUUUGGCGCCCCUUAAAAUCUAAUAUAUUUUGGCGCCUAAAGCCCUAUCUUGUUGGGCUUUAGGUCAGGGCCGGGCCUGGUGUAGUGUAGUCUUUGAUGCAGCGUGUGGUGUGGUCUAUGACGUGGCAGUGCUCUACGUUACCUCUAUGGCCUCAGCAACUCCUUGACCGGCUUUAACAAUGGUUAUCUCUGCUAGAGGACGACAAAGAAGCUACUUAGGAUUUCGUAAAAUAGUCAAAGAUUUAGAUAAAAGGUUUUGUUGAGUCAGUUAGGGGGUUUGUUCCUGAUGUUGUGGGGGACUUUGGAGAUGGCGGUGUUUCUUGUGAAGAUGAUGGUUCCUCUUGGUGACCAACUUGUCAGAGGCGGAGUUUGCUUUUGGAUGGAUUGAUUUUGAGGGUUGUGCGUGGUGUUUAUUUAUUUUUUAUUGGUGAGACUUUGACAGAGUAUUUUGGUAUCAUAGACUCAGGAUUGGUUACUUUCUUAAGGUAUCCAAAAUGUGGCCGUGGUAAUCCUCCAAGAGCAGUUUCUUCUUUGAAACUUCUGGUGCGGCCACCAUUGGACAAUACUCGACUACUGAUAAGUCUAGUCGAUCAUGACUCAUUUCGAACGAGUUCGAGCUAGAUGAUGGAAAUGAAAUACUAUGGACUGGAGCUUCGCAUGGGCAAAAGAGAACAGAUUGCCCAUUCAACUAUGCAUAAUUAACAAUCUAGUCGAGCCAAAUGGUGGUGGAUCAAUUCCAAAGUGAAGAUGGGCGUGCAAAACAUUUAUGGCCGGCUGAUGACCAGAUUGAGGAUUCAUUGGUAUUCUCAGCUGGGCUAACUACAAGAUCAAGAGCCAAAGACCAUAAAGAAGCACUUAGAGACUUGGUGCUUUUCGGGCAAGCAAAGGAGAAGGGUACCUGGUGCGGCCUAAGAUAGCUCAAAGAGCUAGAUGCCUCUUGAUUAGGUCUUAAAUUUAAGUCUCGUCCCAAAAGAUCACUUGAAGAUGGUAUGGGGGAUAAUCCUAGUCCUAGAGCCUUUAAAGUAGAUUAACUUCUCCUUAAGUUAUGCGACGCUCACAUGAUAUUUUUCUAUUCUUAUGGCACAUGAUCACCCUGCUUAGUGACAAAUAUGAUUCACAUGAGAUCACUCUCCUUAGUGUGAAGGAUGAUGUUCACCACGCGAACAAAGGGUAAGAUGGUCUCUCAAAGGAGACAAAUUUGAAGACAGAAGCUGUGUAUUAUUAAGUUUAAAGUGGUAUAUUUACAAAUCGUGCAUACUUUCCUUUUAAAAGAUCCAAAUCAUGUUCUGAUCAUGAAAAAAAAUGUAUUUUAACUGGUUUAUGAAAAUCAAAUCCUAUUUAUUCUAGUUGGUUUAAAAGGACCAACUUAAACCAAGACGGUAAAAUCGUGGGGGUGAAAUCCAGGAAGCUGACGAGCUUCAGCGUCUCAAGGAGUAGGAGAUUGAUUUUGAUAUCGAGUUCGCGCUGGCCACUGUGUCGGAUCUGUCUCUAGGAGAGCUUUAUCUCCCACAGGUUUCCGAGGAUUCAGUUGUGCAUGAUGAUCUUCCGUCUUCUGCAGCAGAUAAUGAUGAGGUCAUUCUAUAGGUCUUCUAUCUUUGUUUUUGUUUUUUUCAAAAUGUUAUGACAUUACAUGGGGGGCUUUUACCCUUUUAGUUAACUGUUAAAGGUAAGUUAAAGGUAUUUUGGCAUCAUAUGACUCUUAUAAAAAUUGUUAAAAAAGUUAAGAGCAGAGAAAUCGAGUUCGAAUAACAUUGUCUUAGGUCUAGAUAUAAAAACCACUAAGUAGUUGUGCGAAGAUGUUAAUGUUAAGUUAAAGGUAUUUCGGCAUGAUAUGACUCUUAUAAAAAUUGUUAAAAUAGUUAAGAGCAGAGCAAUCGAGUUCGAAUAAAGUUGUCUUAGGUCUAGAUAUAAAAACCAGUAAGUAGUUGUGCAAAGAUGUCGAUGGUAGAGAUAUAAUAUCUGCAAAUCAGCAAGCUAAUUCAAGUUGAUUGGUAGCACUUUAAGAUGUCAAACCAAGAUAUUAUUUAAUUUUGAUAUAGAAAAUACUAUUUGUUGCUUGUCCUUUUUUUUUAAUGCCCUGGAGGCUGCUCAGGCAUCCAGGUCACGGACAAGACGUAGUCGAGGACAAUUUUUAGUUAGUUUGUUGAGGCUGUGAUCAAGCUUAAGCUGCCUACCUACCCUGCUAUCUUUACGGUGAGUCUUUGAACUUCAUUUGUCGACCUAGGGAUGAUGUUUUUAUGAGGGCCGGGAUCUGCUUUGGGUUAGAUUUGAUACAUCAUUUGGUUACAAGAUACCCGAUUAGUUUGCUGGAAGCGAUUUCGAAAGAGCAUUUGGUCGGGUUGAGUGUCAUUCCUAAUUUAUUUAGGAAGGUGAAGUAUACCUGGAGUUGGGCUACAUGGUCUUUGGCUUUAGAUGACUUAACAAACAUGUCAUUUAUAUAGACCUUCAUCGUUGUACUGAGCUGUUCAUUGAACAUCCGGUCACGAGGCACUGGUAUGUGGCACCAUCAUUCUUGAGGCCGAAGGAACCUUGUAGAAAAAGGUCCCUCAAUCUGUAGUGAAGCUUAUUUUCUCUUCGUCAUCUGGAUUCAUCAAAAUUUGAAUAUACCUAGAGAAAGCAUCCACGAAUGAAAGCAAUUUGUGCAUGGUUGUUGCUUCUACCAACCGGUCUGUGUGUGAAAAUGGAAAACUACUUUUGGAGCAAGCUUUUUAUAGAUUGGUAAAAUUUGUGCAUACCCUCUAUUUAAAAUUUUUUUUAUAAUGAAAGUGGGAUUAGCUAUUCAAUUAAGAUAUCUCACCACUCUUAUCGAUCCUAUUUUCAAGACUGUCGACCUUGUCGUUGACUGAUUUAGCUCGUUUGGGAUUCAGCUUUCGUCAUUUUUGCUUUACAGACUUGAAAAUUGGAUUGAUGUUUAGUUUUUAAUAUGUGACUUAGAGGUUGAUACCUGACAAGUCUUAUGCCGACCAGGUGAAUGUAUCGAGGUUCCAUUUUAAGAAUGAUAGAAUCUCAACUUUGACAUGGGGAGAGUUUGUUCUCAAUGACAACACAUCUUCAAAGGAAACAUUUUCGAGGUUAACAAGCUGGUGUGUUGCUUCCCAGACUCGCAGGUCGUGAGUUCGUGUUCAUUUUGGAUGCUUUUUUCACGAUCUCUUCUUGUUUUAUGAAUUGGUAUGAGCCAAAAGACAGGAUUUUCCUGAAGUUUUUCAUGUAGCAUGCUCGCGAGGAUUUUUGGCUUCCUCGAAUAGUUUUGAUUCUGGCCAGAGAAGGAAAUUUCAGGCAUUGGUGAUAGAUCGACGGUAUGGAUUUUAUUUUAUGAAGCCAAGUCUUCCAAGCACUGCGUUGAAGGGUGUACACUGAUCUACUACGGUGAAUUCAAUUAUUUGCUGGACAUCGUUGGCUUUCAAAACUAGCGGGAUCGAAUCAAUAUAGGAAGUCGUGGUUCCAUCAGAAAUGAAGAACGGCAUUGUCCCAAGGUUUACCGCAGAAUCGGGAUACCUAAUGUUCUUGAACAUUUCAUAGAAAAGGAUGUCGGUCAAACUCUUGGUGUCAAAAAUUAUCCUUGAUAACUGGCAUGCAGAAACAUCAGGUCUAAUGACGAGGACAUCUUCAUGUGAUUUAUCGAGCUUUAUGGUCUAGUAUAAGUAGAAAAUGAUCUUGUUGUGGAGGGGGAACAUUGUCGACUGUUGCGUUUUCCUCUUAACUUGUUUUCAGCGAGCUUUGACCAGGAUGGUAGCGUUAUAGCAUCCAUGUGUUCCUUGGAUGAAAUCGAUCUGUUUGAUCACACAACUGAGGUCUGAUCCAUUGGAUCGUCAUUUAUUUCUGAUAUUAACUCAACCGAUGUUUUCUUGUUUUGGAGAUUGCAUAAGAUGGAUAAAUAUUUAUGCCUUGAAACCUUAAAAAUGGUUCUUAGCAAGAAUGAUGUAUGUUUAUCUUCUCCAUAGAUGCACCAAAAUGUGGAUCGUAAAACCCACACUAGGAAUUAUGUAGUGUUGUUUGUAAAAUUAGGGAAUUAAUAACUUGUGGACAACAAUCCUUAGAACAAAAACGAUGUAAUAUUAAUAUCGAAAAUGAUUUACAAGUAUUUAUGAAUGUGAAUGAGACUAAACUAGUUAUGAACAAAGUAGAAAACGAUGUCGAAGUAUUUAGGGAAGGCGAGCUUGAAUUUAAUAUGUUUAGGUGCAUGUAAGCCGAAAUGUGAAUCUCCUUUAAUUUAUCAAACUUCUUUCUUCUUAUACUCCUAAAAGUUUUUCAGAGCUUCUGAUAUCUUCUCCUCCUCUUGAUAACUUGAUUGAGGAUAUCCGAAGAUUUCUCUUGAUAGGUCGAGCCCAAGCUCAAAGUUCACCAUCGCCUCGAGCUUGUUCUUCGUAUUCAGCCCGUCCAUUUGUGUCGAGGUGUAACCAUUCCUAGGCCGGAGUGACUGCUGGAUUAGGGCUCAACAUAUAAGAUUGGGCGUGGGAGAGGUUUGACGAAAGAAACUUUUCGGGUGAUCAUCUUCUGAGCUCUGAUCGUAGACCAACCUCAUCCGGCAACAUUAGCUCCACUUUUAAUAUGUCUGAUGAAUUGGAUUUGAGGUCAAAUCUUCUUAAAGGAGGAGGGGAUGGUGCAGCCACCACUAGACAAGAAUCAACUAUUGUACAAUCUAAUCAAUCAGGACUCAAUCCAAAUAAUUUGAAGUUAGAUGAUGGAAAUGGAUCUGUUUGGACACUAAAUGGAGAAGAAAUAGAAGACAAUGGACUGGAGCACAACAUGGACCAAGGAGACCAGAUUUUUUUACCAACUAUGCAUGAUGAAAAAUCUAGUCAAGCAAGAAUGGUCAUGGAUCUGUUCCAAAGUGAAGAUGGAGACAAGUCUUUUACAGCCCAAGAAGAGGAUUCCGACCAGAUUUAAGAUCCAUUGGUCUUCUCAGUUGGGCCACUGAUAAGAUGAAAAGGCAAAACCCAAAAAAUUAUUUAGAGACUUGGUACUUUCGUGCAAGCAAAGGAUAAGAAAACCCAUGAGAAGAAACCGACCAAAUGGCUUAACUAAAUCUUGGUUAACAAUUAUAAAUGUAUUUUUAGAUUAAACCAAGUGUAAAAAUAUUAGUACAUGAGUUAUCCCUAUCCUCCUGGGCAUGAAGUUCGAGACACUCUCAAGAUCUAUGUUCUCUUGCACCGGCGAAGCAGUUUCUUGUCGGCGCAGGGUACCUUCACCGACACUGCUCACCUCUUUCAUCUUCACGUUCCUGUUUCUCUUUCUUAUUGGCUGCUUUCCAUUUCUUCUACUUUGGCUUAUCAGAGGAUGGAGACCAUGUUUCUCAUUUGGGAUGAAUUUACCGGUGGGUUCACCUGGUCUGAUUUUUAUUUCAUCAUCCUUCUCUAGCGAAAAGUGUAUUUUACCUCCAUUCCUCCUUUCUUUCUACGAAAGGAAAUUUCUUCUUGGCUUCAUUGCUAAGUUUUAAUUUUAGUUUACUCAUCGGUAUGCCAUCUUUCAUAACUGUCUGUACGCGACCAGAAGAUGCAAUCGAGAUUACCAUGGUUUUCCCUAUUGGUGCUGGCUCUCAACGUCACCCUUUUAUGUGAUUAUCUUUCAGCUAUUCGACUUUGUCACGAAGGCCUUAUCGACGCAAUGGAGCUUUGUAUUGACUUUUAUGUCAUCUUGUCAUGAAGAACGAUAUAUCUUAAUUCUUUUGAUACUGUUAUUUAUGUUUUUAGUUAAAAGGGAUGGCUAAUUCCCUAUUUUUAUUGUAACCGCGCAAAAGAUAAGUAUGAAGGAAAGUAAGCUGUGUUCCAAAAAAAAGAAGAUUAAACCAAGUGUUAUUAAGAUUACAAAAUCAAACCGUGUAAACCCAUUAUAGUUACGAAUUGGUUCUUUCAAAUCAACUAGGUUUAGGGUUUUGUUGGCUAAGUUGUCUCCAUACUUUCUUUUUAUUACCGUGUAAGCUGUUGACUUUUAAGAUCAUCAAUGAACUAACCUAACAUCUAGUCAGUGUGCUUUCUUUCUCUGUUCAACAUAAAAACAUUUUUCUUCACCUAAGGAGAGGGAUUUCCAUCGUGAAUCAUUUUGGCAUCAAACAGGAUGCACAUGUGCCAUAAGAGUAGCAACACUGUUCGAGAGCAUUCCAUAGCUCAAAAAACAAAUUCCAUUGUCCACACACGAGUGCUAGCAGCCUCUAGGACAAUCAUCUUCCACCCCCUCAAGUGAUCACGGGAGCAUUUGCCAUCCAAGGCCGUACCAGCUUUACUGUCGAUGGAUCUCAGGGCUUAUUAUGGGCAAACCGAUCACCUGAAACAUCUUCGUGCUCAUGUCUAUCGGAAUUGGAGGCUAUAUGCCUGACUAAUCUUCUUCUCAUUCUUUUUCCUUUAUCAGCAGAUCUGCUUGUUUGAUUGUUCUUCUGCCUAUUUUUUACUUCGCCAUACUUUUCUCCGGAAUCUCGAUGCACCAACUAUUCUGAUGCCCAUAGGUUUUAUUAAUAAAUAUGACCAAUUAAAAAAUGUUUCGAUCAUUUUCCAAUUAAAACAUUACAGUCUAGUUAAGAGAGGAGGGUUUGAGAAGAUUUUUUUUUUUUUGAAACUAUAGGGUUUGAGAAGAUAGUAGGAGAUGACCGUUCAAUUAAGUGAAGACUGAAGGUCAGGGAAAAUAUGCGCUCAGAUAGUUAAGAUGAUCUUGUCUCGAAAUAUGCUUAUUCUAUUGUGAUGUGAUUAGUCAAACAUUCAGCAAAAACGUUUUAGGAUUUGCAUGGAUUGUUUCUUCAUGCAUUCUAUGGUGGUGACUAUAAAAGCCUGUUAUUUUAGGACAUUGACAAGUUCUUUGGGAGAAAACAAAGCUAAGCAAGUCACUCAUAUUAUAAGCAAAAGUUAGCAAAAUAAUAUAAGUAAAUAACUGGAGUGGAUUAAAACUUCUAUGAUAAAGCUUUACAAUUAUACGGCAUGAUUAAUAUGUACGACCUAGUCGUACGCCAUGCAUAGACAUUCCGCCUACUUAUAUAUAUAAUAACCUUCUUUUUUUGCUUAAUAUAUAUUAUUACCUUGUGACGGUGUCGUUGAAAAAGACAUUUGAAUAUAUAUAUUGAGGUUUAUUCUCAUAAAGUAGACUUUGACUUGGUAAGUUGGUACCCAUUAUUGGAGGAGGCUAGCUGCUCAUACGUCAUGAUAUCAUAUAAUGCUAUGUGUACGUGCCUUAGUCUUUUAGUGAUUUGUUAUGAUCGGGAUAAUGAAGAGUCCUCAUGGAAUUUUGUUGGUCAUUUUUUCCUUUGCAGCUUUUGCCAUCACUCAUCUUGUUGAAGCACAAAAUCAAGAGGGUUUUAUCACUUUAGAUUGUGGCUUGCCUUUAAAUGAAUCUCCUUAUGUAGAGCCGGAAACCGAAAUACAGUUCUUGUCAGAUGAGAACUUCAUCCAAGGUGGAAAGAUGGGUAGAAUCCCGGCUAAUCUUGAAUCAGAAAACCUUAAGCCCUACUCGACCCUACGAUAUUUUCCAGAUGGAAUACGAAAUUGCUAUGAUAUAAGGGUAGAAGUAGGGAGGAAUUAUCUAAUUAGAGCUAUGUUUUUUUAUGGAAACUUUGACGGGCUUAAUGUUAGCCCAGAGUUCGAUAUGUAUAUAGGCCCUAAUAAGUGGACAACCAUAGAUCUACAAAAAGAACCAUCUGGUUCAGGUAAGGAAAUCAUUCACAUCUCAAGAUCAAACUCUUUGCAAAUUUGUCUUGUUAAGACGGGGGCAACUACACCAAUGAUAUCGACCUUGGAAUUACGACCAUUGGCGAAUGAUACUUACUUGGCUAUAUCUGGUUCCCUCAAACUUAACUUUCGUAUGUAUCUUAGUAAUUCCACUGCUCUUCUUCGGUACCCGAAAGAUGUUUACGAUCGUACAUGGGUUCCAUUUUUCCAACCCGACAAUUGGACACACAUUUCGACAACAGCAAAUGUGUCCAAUAAAAAUCACUAUGAUCCACCGCAAGCUGUGCUUAAAGGGGCCGCGAUACCUAAAAAUCUGGAUGGACCACUGAUGAUAACUUGGAGGUUGGAGAAUCCUGAUGAUCAAAUCUACUUGUAUCGGCACUUUGCUGAGAUCCAAGAUAUAGAGGCCAAUGACACUAGAGAAUUUGACUGUUUGUUGAAUGGAGAAACAAUUACUAUUAAUGCUAUUAAUCCUAAAUAUCUUAAAAUAGAGACUAUGCUUACCACAAUCCCCAAGGAAUGCAACGGAGGUAUCUGCCAUAUGCAGUUGAUAAAAACCCAAAGAUCGACACUUCCACCUCUACUUAAUGGUUUUGAAGUUUACUCAGUUCUUCAGCUUCCACAACUUCAGACAAAUGAAACUGAAGUGGUUGCUAUCAAGAACAUCAGUUAUACUUAUGAAUUAAAUAGAAUCAAUUGGCAAGGAGAUCCAUGCGUCCCCAGACAAUUCUUGUGGGAUGGAUUAAACUGUAGCAUCUCAGAUAUAUCUGUGCCACCAAAAAUAAUAUCCUUAAAUUUGUCUUCAAGUGGCUUGAGUGGAACCAUAAUAUCUCACUUUCAGAAUCUAAACCAUCUAGAGAUCUUGGAUUUGUCAAAUAACAGUUUGAGUGGAAUGGUGCCCGAAUUUCUAGCCUCUAUGAAAUCAUUGUUGGUCAUAAACUUGAACGGUAACAAUCUUAGCGGUUCAAUUCCUAAGAGUCUUCUCAAUAGGGAAAGAGAAGGGCUGAAAUUAUAUUUCCUUGGAAACAAACAUCUUUGUCUAUCUAGUACAUGCAUAGAUACUAAGCUAAAGAAGAAAUUUCCAGUGACGAUUGUCGCACCCAUUGCUUCCAUCGCUGCUGUCGUUGUCAUGAUCAUCCUCUUAUUCGUGUUGAGAAAGAAAAUGUCAUCAAGUAUGGAAGAUUUUUUUCAACACUAUGUAAAUGUCAUGCAUGUUUUAUCUUAUAUACUUGCAUAUGCUUUACGUACAGGAAGUAAGUCUGAACCAUGGAUAAAGACUAAACGGAGAAGGUUUACUUAUUCAGAGGUUUUAGUAAUGACUAAGAACUUGCAACAACCUCUAGGUGAAGGAGGGUUUGGCAUUGUUUAUCAUGGUAACCUAAAUGGUUCAGAGCAAGUAGCUGUCAAACUGCUUUCGCAAACAUCAGCACAAGGUUAUAAAGAAUUUAAGGCAGAGGUAGAACUUCUUUUGAGGGUUCACCACAUAAAUUUGGUAAGUCUUGUUGGGUAUUGCGAUGAAAAAGAUCACUUCGCCCUCAUCUAUGAAUACAUGUCCAAUGGAGACUUACAUCAGCAUUUAUCAGGAAAACAUGUUGGGUCCGUUUUGGACUGGGGAACGCGACUACAAAUAGCCAUCGAAGCUGCAUUAGGAUUAGAAUACUUGCAUAUUGGAUGCAAACCAGCAAUGGUGCACAGAGAUAUCAAAAGUACAAAUAUCUUGUUGGAUGAAGAGUUCAAAGCCAAAAUUGCGGAUUUUGGUCUUUCAAGAUCUUUCCAAGUUGGAGGUGAUCAAUCUCGAGUUUCAACAGUAGUUGCUGGCACUUUGGGAUAUCUCGAUCCUGAAUAUUACUUAACAAGUGAGUUGUCUGAGAAGAGUGAUAUCUACAGUUUUGGGAUCUUAUUAUUGGAGAUUAUCACAAAUCAGCGAGUGAUUGAUCAAACACGUAAAAAGCCAAACAUAGCAGAAUGGGUGACAUAUGUGAUUAAGAAAGGAGAUACUAGUAAGAUCGUGGACCCUAAACUACAAGGGAACUACGAGCCUCGCUCUGUCUGGAGAGCUCUUGAAGUAGCAAUGUCAUGUGCAAAUCCUUCAUCCGCCAAACGCCCUAACAUGUCCCAAGUUAUCAUUAAACUUAAAGAGUGUCUUGAAUCUGAAAACGCGAGGAUAAAUACUAAUCAAGACACAAACUCUCCUCAUAGUUCGGUUGAGCUGAGAGUGACUGCAACCUUUGAUAGCGACAUGUACCCUAAGGCAAGAUAGUAUAUGUGUCAUUGUCUAAUGUUGGCAUGGAUCAAACCUAUUGGUGUAUACCUGUCUAAUUAUUGUCGAUCAGCUUUUCUUAAAAUGCGCUUCAAUGUAAGAAGAAGUUAAAGUAUGCAUGUAUAUUAACCGUUGUAAAAUGUAAGCACACGAAUGUUGUAAAGUGAUCAAACAUAUCGGCGUAUACAUGUAAAACUAGGUAAUAUCCACGUCCUGCACAUAAUUAAAUAUUUUAUAAACUAUUCGUAAAACAAGUAAAUUAAUUCUAAGCAUAUUAAUUUUUUAUCAAUUCAAAUAUGCUAAGUAUUUUUAUAAAUUUGUAAUUAAAAUACUUAAUUUUUUUAAUAUGGUCAAAUUAAAUAAUUUAAUUUAAGCCAUACUAAAAUAGAUAUACAUUUAAAGUUAAAUGAUUUCUAAAUGAGGUUUCUUACUUGUAUGGUUUUAUGAUCAUUUGUAUCAUUUAUAUAACAAAAUUAUAAAGUACUAUUCUUUUCUUUUUUGACAUCAAAGUACUGUUCUCUAUAUUUUCAAAGUGGAACUAUUAACUUUUAAUUACUUCAUGUUUUUUUAAAAAAUAUACGAUAAUUUUAUUUUGUUAUUAUAUGUUUAAUGUAAUUUUUUUAAUUUAGCUUAGACGGUUCAGAUGAGUUGGUUGGGUUAGAUGAUGCUAGAAAGAGUCGACCAAAAUUGAAUGGAUUGGUUGUAAGUGAAAGAUGACCCAGAUUGAUGUCUGAUAGGAUCAAACUGGAUAAAUCGAUGAUUUGAAUAUAUCUAGGUCAGACUAUUUUUGAGACAGUCAAAGUUCGGUAAGGUGGUCCUUGGACCAUCCUAGCUUUGGUCUGCAGAACACAUGCACUACAACUCUCGCACUCGACUAAAGAGUUUUACGAGCGGAAUUGCCCUUCUUCACUCACGCAAUAUUGCUGGAUCAGGCUUGCGUCCAUUGUCCAAGAUUCCCCACUGCUGCCACUGUGGGAGUCCGGGCUGUGUCUCAGUCCCGGUGUGGCUGAUCGUCCGAAAAGACUACCUAACCAACUACCUAAUACUACGCAGGCUCAUCAAACAGCGCUUUCUAGCUUUCUUCGGCAUUUAGCCCGAACUGUUUGGCAGAUUCCCACCCCUUACGCAACCGCCACUUUGUUCACAACUCUUUCUUGGAUUAAAACUCCGUGCUUAAAAAAGAACAACCCAAUGGAACCAGCCAGACCAAUGCUGUUGGAAGACGACUCGAAAAUGAUAUAAGAUAUAAUAAACCUCUUCUCAAACCAAACCAAACCAAAAACAAAACAAACCAAACCAGAACAUGAAGUA